GUAGGAAGUAGUCAGAGGGUCAAGGAGGUGGUUUGUGAUUGUCAGCUUUUUGGAGCUUAGCACUCUCGCUUUAAACAUGGUGUCCGCUGCGGUGCUCUUUCUUCUAACGGUCGGUUCCGUCUGUCUGGCAGACCGACAGCUGGUCUACGUGACUGUGCUGUUUCGUCACGGCGACCGGUCACCAGUCAAAGCCUACCCCACCGACCCUCACCAGGAGAGCGACUGGCCGCAGGGCUUCGGACAGCUGUCGCAGGAGGGCAUGAGGCAGCACUUUGAUCUGGGCCACUUUCUGAGGAAGCGGUACCGAGUAUUCCUGAACGAAUCCUAUGAUCGACGCGAGAUCUCCGUCCGCAGCACGGACUACGACCGCACCCUGAUGAGCGCCGAGGCCAACCUCGCAGGUCUCUACCCCCCCGCUGGUCAGCAGGUCUUCACGCAGGACUUGAAGUGGCAGCCGAUACCGGUGCACACAGUGCCAGAAAGAGAAGAGAGGCUUCUGUCUUAUCCUCUGGGAAACUGUCCUCGCUACAAACAGCUGAUGAACGAAACUGAGCACACGGAGGAAUUUAUUAACAUCACCACCACGUACCAGGACAUCAUAAAGCUGGUGAAGAAUGAAACCGGACUGAAUGACACCAACGUGGAAAAGGUGUGGGGCGUGUACGACACACUCUUCUGUGAGUCCCGUCACAACAUGACUGCUCCUGACUGGGUGACUCCUGAUGUCAUGGAGAAGCUCCGAGUGCUCAAAGACUUUGGAUUUCAGGUCACAUUCGGGUUCUACAAACGGCAAGAAAAGAGCCGGCUGCAGGGAGGUAUCCUAUUGGGGGAAAUAGUGAAGAAUCUUUCCAAGAUGGCCGUCCCAGACCCGAAACAGAGGAUGAAAAUGAUGAUGCUGUCAGCGCAUGACACCACUGUAGCCGCUCUGCAGUCCAGCUUGAAUGUGUUCAACGGACGACAGCCGCCGUACGCCUCCUGUCAAAUAAUUGAGCUGUACAGGGAUGACAACGGCUCUGCCUCGGUGUCGUUGUUUUACCGGAACGACAGCACGGUGGAGGCGCUCCCUCUGCAGCUACCAGGCUGCUCCCUAGACUGUCCCCUAGAGGACUUUGUGAGAAUUACAAAGCUCUCUAUUUCAGAUGACCGCGACAAGGAGUGUCAACUGCCGUCGCAGGGGAGAGAUAAAGAAGUCAUCAUCAGUCUGGCGGUGUCCGGCUGCCUGCUCCUCAUCCUUAUCUUCGUCCUCCUCGGUGUGAUCUGUUGGCAGAAGGAGCCGAUCGGCAGCCAGGGGUACCACCAAGUGAUCAACCAGGAAGCCGGAGAGGAAUCCUGACACGAGCACAAGCUCCUCCCUCGGAGAUCGGAGAGCCCGGCGUCUUGGGACAGCAGCACCAGCAGCAGCGACGACGACGAACUUUGAACUGUUAAAAAAAAAAAAAAAAGUGCAGGUGACUCUCUUUUUUGGGGGGGGGGUUUCAUCAACACAUUCGGGACCCACGGCUUCCUCAUCUCUCUACACUAACAUGACGAGUGAGACGUUGUCUGAGGGGACCACCCGCAGCAGGGAAAACCUUAUUUAACAGCGUCUUGAGACUUGAAUGGCUGCAGAGAAGUAGUAGGAAGUCAAUGCAGGAAAUGGUUCUGAAGUUGUGACUUUCUAUAAUAUAAGUGAUUUUGCAUCAUGCUUUUCCUCCCGGCUGCUCUGAUUUUCAUUAAAAACAAGACUUUAAGAUGUUACAAAACACCUAAGAUGUCUGUUUAAUUGAAACCUCAUUGGCUAAAAUGAUUCUCAGUCUAGAAUGUUUCCACAAGCUCCUAAAGAUCACUUUCUUUUAAUUGUUGGAAUACAUUAAUUUAGUACGUAUAUGUUCAUGUCUGCAGGUGUGUUCAUGAUUCACGUGUGUGUGUUGACUCUCGAGGACCAACGGCCGAGAUGCCUUAAAUGUUUUGGAUGUUUGUCUUUUUUCUUAUGAUGUAUCACAUUCUAUUUGAUCAAAGGAGCAGCAGGGUGGUGCUGACCUUUGGCUAACUCGCCCAGAGAGAGCUGACCGUAAGCCUCGUGACAACAAGCAUCCACCCCCAAGUGUCCUUUAGUGAGACACGAACACACCAGCAAAUUGUAAAAAGAAAUGAAAUAAAAGAAAUAACAAAGCU